AUGGAACCCACAAAUGAUGGGAAACAAGUCACACAGUCGGAAGCGACACAAAGGAAGAGGAUCCGGAAGCCUAGAGGCCGCGGCUUGAGGACAAGAACGGGCUGCCUGAACUGCCGAAAGAGACACAAAAAGUGCGACGAGAGGUUACCCAUCUGUGGGCCAUGCACCACCGCGGCUAGGGAUUGCGUAUUUCCCCCAGACGCACCAGGCGCCUGUGCAACACCCACAACCGUCACCAAGGAGACAAGGACAUCAACCCCACUACACCUGCCAGAUCACCAUGAGACAUUGCCGCCAAUCGAGGAUGCGUUACGAGCACAUCUGCCCCCGGGUCCCACACAUCAACGAGCCGUAUCCAAACAUACAGUCUUCGGUCUUCCACCUCCAGCAGACGGUCGACCAGGGUCUUUCUCCACACGCCGGCCGCAGAGUCUUGGCAUGAGCCUCGGUGACACCUACGCGGGCACUUCAAAUGGGUACUCGCCCGAGACGGUAUCUUCGGAGCCGUGGACGACGGAUCUGGCCUCGGCGCGCUGGCUAUCUCUCGUCGCGACGGACGCGGCCAAUGCCGACAGCAGCUUUUCCCUAGCUCCCAGCACGGCCCCGCAGACGCCGCCCGCUCCUGCCGCGCCACAGCCCACAUUUUACACGGAGCCCGGUGACCCAGAGCGCAGGGCUUGGCAGCUGGAUCGGGACUUUAUGCUCUCGGGUCGCGAAGCAUUCCUGUUCCGCCAUUUCACGGACACGAUGGCGGGCUGGCUGGACCUGCUGGAUCCAACGGCACCUUUCUCAUCGCGGGCGGUCAGGUUGGCGUUGCGCAACACGGGAGUAAUGAAGAGCAUACUGGCUCUAGCAGCCAAACACCUCUCAACAUCAGCAACGGCUACAUCAUCUCCACCAGCAAAUGGCGAGACGACCGGGUCGGUGCAGUACUACUACGAGACUCUGCAUUAUGUACAAGAGGCGCUGGCCUACAAGAGCUACACGCACUCGGAGGAGCUGCUGGUGACGGUGCUGGCCAUAUCGUCGUACGAGAUGCUGGACGAGGCCGACGGGCGCGGCAACUGGCAGCGCCACCUCAAGGGCGUCUUUUGGAUACAGCGGUCGCAGAACACGGACGGGGAGUGCGGCGGUCUCCGCGAGGCGGUGUGGUGGUCGUGGCUGCGGCAGGACAUUUGGGCCGCGUUUCGCGAGCAAAGGCGCUGUCUCACAAUCUGGAAGCCGAGGCUGGCCGUGUCCGAGCUGGACCAGGACCAGCUGGCCCGCAGGACGGUGUUUCUGCUCGCCCAGGCCGUCAACUGCUGCGCCGAGCCGGCGGGCAGCGGCAGGGGGACGGAGGUGGAGGCGCUGGCCAGGGAGAUGGAUGCGCUGCGGGGACACUGGGGGGAGCACUUUCGGCCGCUGCCGACGGCGAGGGGAGGAGGGCGGGACGCGGUGUUUGCGCCGCUGUGGGUCCACCCGCCGCGGUUCGGGGUCGCGGUGCAGGCGUUUGCGUUUGCGCAGAUCCUCUUGACGCUGCACGCGCCGAUGCCGCCGGGCUUUGAUGGGUACCUCAAGGUGCAGAGGGUGCUGUCGGACGCGGUUGAGAUCAUCUGCGGCGUCGCCAUGGAGAUGACGGAGCCGAGCUGCCAGAUCUUUUCCGCGCAGUGCCUGUACGGGGCGGGGCUGUGCGUGCAGGAACAGAGGAGGAGGGAUAAGAUCCUGGAGCUGAUGGAGAUAUGCGAGGCAAGGUUCGGGUGGGCGCCCAUGGCGACUUGGAGGGAGGAUCUGAGGAAGGAGUGGGCUAAAGCGGAUGGGAAUGUGAGAGGGGUUGGGCUACCGUCGUUGAGGUAG